AUGAGGCGCGUGUGCGCGGUGGACGGGCGCUGGGGCUACAACGGCUCUUUGCGGAGAGGCCGGGCGGGGCUGGCCGCCGGGGUCGGCAGGGGGGGCCGCGGCGCCGGCGGGCCAGAGGAGCUCUUGGAGGCGGGCGGCGAGAAGGGCUGGCGGGGCCAAUCGCGGGGCUGCCCGCAGCAGCUGGCGGAGCGCUACGCGGACCUGGCGGCCAGCCACUGCGAGGCGCUGCGGCAGCGAGAGGAGCGCGAGUGGCACAACGCGCGGCUGCGCCUCGAGAACGUGCGGCUGCGCCUCGAGAACCGCCGCUUGCGCCGGGAGAAUCGCUGCCUCUUCCGCCAGGCCCUGCUGGGGCCCGGCCCCCACGAGCCAGAAAAGGGCGAGCGGCCGGACCAGGGCGGGGAAGCGGAGACUCUGAGGGCACAGCAGGAGCGGCUGCAGGAGAAGCACCGCCGCGUCCUGCAGCAUCUGCAGCGCUGCCGGGAGCUCGCAGAGCUGGGCGGCGGGGAGGUGCAAGAGCUGCGGAGAGACGACGCGCGGCCACCCUCCGCUCUCGAACCGGUCGAGCGCGACGCCGCCCCAUUGGGCGGCUCCGAGGUGGAGGAGGAGGCGGUGCUGUCCUGCGUGAGGCUCAGCGGAGAUGGGGGCGGUGGUGUCCUUCCGCCCGCCCCGCGCAGCCCCAGGGGAGGGCCACGCUGAGGGAAGCUGCCUCCCGAGAGCAGAGCGGGGUGCGGUCCCUUCGUUUAAACGUGUGUCUGAGCUGCGUUGGAGGAGCCGGGAAAGGGACGCUUGGAAGAGACCGACGCUGUAGUCGAAGAAGGACUCAAAGCCGCCGUUGUUGUGGAGAGAAUCACCCCUGUUGGUCCCUCGUCACCUCAGAACUGUGCUGUAGACAGGAUCGUGUAGGCCUUGUAGCACACAUCAGAAGAUGGCUCUGGCCAAUUCCUAGUCAUCUGUUAUGUCAGCAGCACUCCUGUGAGAGCCACUGGUCCCUGGAGCUCUGCGCUGCCUGAAUGAGAAAUGGCACCUGUGUCUCUAAGGAUGGACUUUGUUCACCUUCACAUAAAUACUGAUUUGUAUUUCACACUUCCACGUAAAAUCACAGUUGUUAAAUAAAAAUGUGACCAAGCAA